AUAAUCCACGGGUGAUUAAUUAAAUUAAUUAAAAACGAGAGUUUAGAAUAAGAUAAUUAAUACCAUACGAGUAUAUAUGGAGAAACAACUUAUUGUUUCCAUCUUCGUGCUGGCGGCGGCGUUAUGCCGCACGCCGGCGGCGGGAGCGCGCGGGAAGAACGGCGGAGAAGAAUCAUGGGCCAAAAGAGUGCACGUUCCGGCUGCCGGCGGCGGGAAAGAAGUGGUGACCAAACUGCAAUUCUAUUUCCACGACAAACUCAGCGGGUCGAACCCCAGCGCGAUCCGUGUCGUGCAGGGCCCCGGCAAUUACUCUCGCCGCGGUGCGUUCGGCACCAUCACGAUGGGAGACGAGCCGCUGACCGUCGGGCCGGACCCGAAGUCGAAGGAAGUAGGGCGCGCCCGCGGGCUGUACGGGUCCGCCGGGAAAGACGAGGUGUGCCUCAUCGUGGCCAUGAGCUACGGCUUCACCGUCGGAGACUACGCCGGGAGCUCUUUCAGCCUUCUGAGCAGCAACCACGUGCUGGACCCGGUUCGUGAAAUGGCCGUGGUCGGAGGGACCGGUCUUUUCCGGUUGGCACGUGGAUAUGCCUUGGCCCACACCUAUUCACUUGACCUCGCCACCGGUGAUGCUAUUAUUGGCUACAACGUUACCCUUCUCACCCACACCCACACCCACAUUUGAAAUACGAGCUCACAUAAAAUUUGAUAUCUAUCUCAAAAAAAAUAAUCAAAUAUAUAUUUAAGAGAUAAAUACAGAUAAUUGUAAUUGUCUGUAUAUAUUUAUGCGUGGAAAUGAUAUUUAUACACCAAAAAUUAAAUCUACUCUAUACUCUAAAGGCAUGCAUCAAUAUUUUGUACUAGUGUGAUGCUUUACAAUGACACAAAAUGUUAGUCCAAUUUUUUUUGAUUGAAGUAACAUUUUGUGUUAGUGUAAAUCGUUAAAAUACUGGUGCAUUCUUCUAGAGUACAAUUUGAGAUGCACUUCUUGGUGUACCCUAGCAUGGUUGAUUAUUAG